AUGCACGACGAUAAUGAGGCGGCAGUCGAAGGUGCCGCCUCCACUACAGGCCCAAGGGACCCUAUAAAUCUUGGGAAAUCGGUCGAAGCCCUCCAACGGCUUGCGCUUCAUAGGAGAAAACCUCAAAUCGACGACAAUCGUUCAGUAGGAACUAUUUCAACUUCAUAUUCUAAAGACCAUUCUACGACCUUUUCAGCCCCCAAUCUCGAUCUUCACAUGCAUUCUCCACCGGCAACAACCCCAACAACAUCCCGACAUCAAAGCCCCACGCGGCUGACCUUUGCACCAAGUCACGCCAUGGAGCUUGGUCUCGUUGGUAUUGGAGAUCAUGUCAAGGCAUUGCCCUUAGGCAAGUUCACCGCAGAUUUACCGAUACUUUCCCGGGAUCCCCACAUACCAGAAUCUCAACUCUCCCGCGACGAUAGUAGUACUCCGAAACAGCCGGCCCCGUCGACAGAUAUGAACAUCACGACAGAGGCAUCGAUUAGCUCUGAAGAAUCCGAGUCCGAUUCCGAGAUGAGUCGCUCUGAUCUUGACUUAGAGAGAGCCGCUAGCAUUGCUUUAUCCCGCUGUUUUGGAGUCGGCCUUAACCGGCUUAGUCGUCCCGUUCGUGUCAUUGAGGCGUUUUCCGAGUUCAAAGACCAGUGUGCCGAGAUCCUCCGGGAAGAAGAAUCAUUCUCGACUAUUGACUGGGAUGACGACGGCUUUUCUUGCUAUGAUGUCGAAGAAGGCGCUGACAGCUACGGCAAUCCAACCUAUGACAAGACAUCAAACCGCGCCCAACAAUCAGAGCCAAGAACAAACAAGCGACCAGCCGAAGACCAGGGUGGAGACGACGGUGAUGACGAGGUUGAACAAGAUCCUGACCAAGACCAGGGUCCAACAAAAAAAGGAGGCAAUAAGAGGCGACGCAUCGGGUGUCAAGAGCAUUUCAGCUGCCCCUUUAGAAAACGCAACCCGUGGAGAUUCAAUGCCCGAGACUUCGACGCCUGUGCCAAUAGAUCCUACAAGAAUAUGGGGGAUCUGAAGAUACAUAUUCGCGCAGAGCAUGGGAAACAGUCCUGUGUAUACUGUGGGCAACCGCGAAUGGGCGAAGACCACCCACCAGAGGUUUGCCUUCGCAACCGACAGUCGAAGGCCAGCCCCGAUCCCAAAACCCCAGACCCGGAAGAUGGCGUGGACAGUCGCAAAGAUAAGAGUCUCAGAAGCCGUACUUCCAACUGCAAGAUUCAGACUUGGCAUCAAUUGUGGAAACUACUUUUUCCUGAUGAUGAAGAAAUACCGUCCCAUACUUUCGAUCCUGUGAUCGAACAUCACGAUAUAGCUGUUUUGGGAUGUAAGAGAUUUGUCUUGAAGACUGCUGAAGACGUCAUGGGACUGGUACACCAACGUCUCGGUCUCUCAGUACAGGCGCAGAUAGGCGUUUCGGCCUUGCAGCAAUCCCUUGAAGAACUCAUACACAAAAGGACGAAAGAUCUACUCCAAGGCUCCAGGUAUGCCGAUUAUGAACGUUAUAGAAUCGGCGAAGCCAGCGAUAUGGUCCAGAUCCCAACUCCCACAAAGGGCAAGUGCGUUGUUCCGGUGAUGCACAACCAAAUUGGCACCGUAUUGGAGGACGGUGAUUCGCCAGGUGUUAUUGUCAUGCGACAACCUUCGCCGCCGGGCGCAGAUACGAUGCUCAACAAUACAUCAGCCGGGCCAAAGGCUUCUUCUUCGGCCAUCCGUGAACGACUCAUUGCUCCUAAGACGGGGCAAGCCCUCCCGCCAAAUACUUCUCAGGAGAUUUACCCAGCACCUGGUGCGUUCAUGCAUAAUGGGUCUUCCAGUACCUCUGGAGGUCACCAAGUAGUCAGCCUCCCGGAUCUUCAAGCGGGAAAUGACUUCAAUUGGGCAGACACAGACGCGCAGAAUUGGCAAGGGUUUUCCGAAGACGAUUUCGUGGAUAUGGGGUUUGGAAACAUGACCACUGGAGGCUUCUUCAAUAUUCCGUCGAUGAAUCCAGAUUCAGGUGCUGAUUAUCAACCAUUUGGCGGCUCCGGGAAUGACGCUAGCGCUUAG